CAAUACGUCAUAACGUUAACUUUGAGACAAUGGAGGAUCGCAUAGAAACAAAAUGGCUGAAUACUAAACGUGUGUUUUAGCUACGGGACAGACAUUUUCUUGGAUUUAUUUUCUGUCAUUGUACAUGCGUGUCAAAAUAAAGUGUUAUUUCACUAUUUCUAUGUUGGAUUACGUUUUACUUGUGGUUAUGUUUUGCAUAACGUGUUUUUUUCGUUCCAAUAUUUGUAGACGACGUUGGUGAAUACUUGAGUUUGUUCAUGAUUACGAUAUUUCACAGCAUUUGCAUAGAGAAAUUAAGUGCUGCUGUUUUGGGGUGUAAAUAAACAGCAAUGGGUGUUUUCAUACUUUUUGGAAUAAUAUUUUCUUAUUUUCUUCAAUGUGGAACGGUGGAUCCAAAUUUAGUUACCGAAAGUGAAAUACCGAAGAAAAUAGAAGUGAUUCCUAAGCCAAAAGGGGAUUGCAGACGAUAUAAAAAGGACCCGGAUGACCAAGAGUUCCGAAUUGCUUGGUUGGCACCUGAAAAGGAGUACCACAAUUUUAGCGCUCGUACAAGUGUUGGAGCUAUGAAGCUGGCGUUGGCGUAUAUACGUCAGCACCAUCAUCUGGGGAAUGUUAGAGCGAAGUGGUAUGAUUCCAACUGCGACUCCAAGCAAGCAAUGGAAUCAUUUGUCAAUGCUGUGGAAGAAUACGACCCCGAUGUCGUAAUAGGACCACCUUGCUCCGCAGGACUAUUGGGCGUGGCUCAACUAGGAUCCAUCUGGAACCUGCCUGUAUUCAGUUGGGUGCCCGACCUCCUAGACUUCAAGGACAGGGACAAAUACACGACCCUUGUGCGCCUCUCGGGACCGCUACAUUACUUCUCUGAAAUCGUUCGCCAGACUAGUAUCUUCUUCAACUGGACCGACUUUGCCUUGAUCAACGACAAGCAGGCACCAUACGAAGCGGUCGCCGUCGCGCUUAGAGACUUCUCAAGAGGACAGUCCUACAAUAUCAAAAGCACAAAAUAUGUCACUGAAGGGACAACUGAUAGCGAGAUACAGUCGAUGUUGUUGCAGAUAAAGAAGUUUGCACGUGUGAUAAUAUUUGUGGUCCCUUGGCACAUGUUGCGACACUACCUGCUGAUAGCACACAAACUAGGGAUGGCCAACGGUGAAUGGGCCUUCCUUUGUGUUCAUGGCGAUCUAUUUACACUGAAAGUCAUUGACGAGAAAAUAGUUUCUGACUGGGGCUGGCGUAGAAACGAUACUCAAGAUGAAAUUGCAAGGACAAUAUUUGAAUCUGUUAUUCACAUUAUUAUGGAGCCAGUGUUAAGGGAAGACCACUACGAGAAUUUCAUAGAGUUUGCCAAGCAGGUUGCUGUUGUUAAUGUAUCACUUUGGGACAUUCCUUUCAAUCACACAGAGUUAGAUGCCUAUGCCCCCUACCUUUAUGAUGCAAUGCUGACGUGGGCCGACUGUGUAAACUACACCAUGCAGCGAGGGGGUAACCCGAGGGACGGUAAACACAUCUACAACAUCGUUCCGAAGGCCGUGACAUCGCGUGGUGUGACCGGGGCAAUUGUCUUUGACGAGCCAGAACGGAAUCGAAUGCUAAACUACCGUAUUCUGGACAUGCGAGACGAUGGAACAUUCUACACUCUCUUAAAGUUCAUCUUUAAAGAUGACAGGAAUAUGGACUUUGACUACGAUGAUAAAGAAAAGCUUGAGCAAAAAGGACGCUGGCCUACAAAGGACGGUGUUCCACCAGCAAACAUUCCUGUCUGUGGUUAUGAGGGAGAGAUGUGUGUUGUUGAAGACUACCAAAACAACUAUAAUGGAACAAUUAUCGGUGCGUCUGUGUCUGCUUCUGUGGUGUUGAUGCUGGCCAUAGUGGUCCAUAUGAUGCUCAGGCGUUACCGUCGACAGAUGACGUUGCAAAGUAUGCUGUGGCAGGUGCGCUUUGACGAGAUAGACUUUGUGACCGCCCUUAUGACCGGAAGUAUAAGAAACAGUUUCAAAAACUUGUCAAAAAGAAAACCAUCUUCAAAGAUGUUAAAGCGGCGUCGAAUUAACGUAACUGGUCUACCAAACAUGAAGUCGAUUACCGAGAACGGAAAGAAGGGUUCGCCGGAAAUCACCAUGAAGGCACUUGAUUCUGCCUCAAUGUUUGGAUCUGUUGCAUUUGUUAGAGGAAAUCUGACUUCGGUGAAACGGAUGCAGAUCCCUACCUUGAAUCUUACAAAUUGCGUAUUACAACAAUUGAAUCAGAUAACGGAAAUAAAGCAUCAGAACUUAUGUGCAUUUGUUGGAGCAUGUCUCGAGCCGAACCGUUUCCUGUUGCUAUGGGAAUACUGUGCGAAGGGCAGUCUUCAAGACGUCAUUUGGAACCAGAACAUCAAACUCGACCAGAUGUUCAUGUUUGCCCUCAGCCACGAUGUUGCAAAGGGCCUUGAACUAUUGCACAAGAGCGCCAUACAUUUCCACGGGAACCUGCGCAGCACCAACUGUGUGGUGGACAGCCGAUGGACGUGCAAACUGACUGACUUCGGUGUCCCGACAAUUCGAGAGAUGGAGAAAGUUGCAGCUCAACAGGCUACUAAGGAUCCACCCUGGGAAAAGUUGCAAUGGAUGGCACCAGAGUGUUUACGAGAGGAGAGGAAGGAAAAAUGUGUUGACCGUCAGAAGGUCGACAUCUACGCCCUAGGAAUAAUCCUGAAGGAGGUGUUUACACGGUCCGGGCCUUACAGCGAGUACCCAUUCCUUGAAUCAAACGAAAUUGUGGAGAAAAUUAAAUGCCAUGUGAAGGGAGAGCGACCAUUUCGUCCGAUGCUGUCGUUACAAUUGCGGCAGCAUACGGAACUCACGUCGUUGAUCGAGGACUGUUGGAGCGAGGACCCAUCAAGUCGCCCGAAUGCCAAUAGGGUCCUCAAACAACUCAACAAAAUUAACCCACAGAAUCUGAAUAUGAUAGACAACAUGAUUGUGAUGCUGGAGAAGUACGCAAACCACCUGGAGGACCUUGUAGCGGAGAGGACGAGCGAGUUGGAUGCUGAGAAGGCCAAAACAGAAAACCUCCUGUAUCGCAUGCUACCACAAACUGUCGCGGAAGAAUUGAAAUUGGGUCGACCAAUCAAAGCUGAACAUUUCGACGAAUCAACACUAUAUUUCUCAGAUAUUGUCGGCUUUACUUCAAUAUGUUCAAACAGCACACCUAUCGAGGUGGUUAAUUUAUUAAACAGUCUCUACACUCUCUUUGACGAUAUAAUCACCAGAUAUGACGUGUAUAAGGUAGAAACCAUUGGCGAUGCGUACAUGAUCGCCAGCGGUUUACCGAAGCGGAACGGAAAGAAACACAUACAGGAAGUAGCCGACUGCGCCCUAGACAUCCUCGCGUCCAUAUCCACAUUCUGCAUCCCUCACCAGCCCGACCAGAGGGUCAGGAUUAGAGUAGGUAUUCACUCUGGCCCGGUUGUUGCUGGCGUUGUUGGUUUAGCGAUGCCGAGGUACUGUUUGUUUGGAGACACGGUCAACACGGCGUCCAGAAUGGAGUCAACUGGACUGCCAUUGCGGAUCCAUUUGAGCUCACACUCAAAAGAGGCAUUGGAUGCAUACCCCGGGUACCAUCUGAUCUGUCGGGGUGAGGUUGCAGUAAAGGGAAAAGGGAAAAUGAGGACAUACUUACUUUGUGGUCGAGACGGAUUUAAAAAAGAAUUGCCAUACUCAGAGCAGUAUGACAAUUGUGAAAACUUGAAUUUUCGUGCCUCUGUGACGUCAUUGAAUUCUAUGGCGUCAUUGAUUUCCGGGGCGUCAUCAAGUUUCACAACAUGUUCGUCCUUGGAGUUCGCACAUAAAGUAUCUCAAGUGUCUACAUUCUCCGAAGACUUGGACGAAAAGUACAAAUCAAAACAAACCAGUAUUUUGGAGGUGACGUGUUUGUGACCUACAAAAUAACGCAAUAACAACGUCAUUUCAUAUACAUCAAAAGACGAGAAUUAUUUUGCAAAUCCAUUUUCAAUUGAUAUGAGAUACAUUUGCUCUGAAACAUGAGAGACCGACACAGUUCAAUACGCCAACGGAUAUAUUAUGUAGAAAGCUUAUUUAUAAUAAAAGGGCGUUUUGACUCUCUCCUUUGGAAAAUGAAAGACAGCAAGGGAACUAUUACACGAGUGUUUGCUGAACAGUUUACAAAUGCGGGUGAAAGUUAUUGACAUGUGAUGUAUUAUGCAAUGCAAUGUAAUCAGUAGAGCUUUGGUGUGUAUUUCUUAAGUAGAAAUGAUUGAUAGUUGCAUUUGCGAUAUAUUUAAGCUAUUAGUGUACAUGGUGAGAUGCAAUAUAUUUAAAAGCCCUACAAUAGACUGUGUUACAGUCUUAAUCAAAUUAAUGUAAAAUAUUUCGCUCAUGUACAAAACAUGUAUUUAUGAUGCAUUAUUAUGUAUAUUAUGUUCUUUUCACAAUCCUUAUUCACGUAAUGUGCUAUAUGACUUUAUUUAUAUUGUGAUAUUCACUGUACGCUUCCACGCUGAUUUGUUUUCACGGACUACUUUUUGAGCGUAUUUGUGAAUACAUCUAUAAAUUCUAGAUAAACUACAAGAGCAAGUGGCUAACUGGUAAUGUUUGGAUAGACUAAUUAAAGUCGUAUUUGGCUUACUUAACCCAUUAAGCCAAACCUAAUAAAAUUGUCCUUAACGUGUAUGUAGGAACUACCUUUCUCGAUGAAAUAAACUUAAAUUGAUUAUUACUAUAUGCAUUUCAAGUCCAGACAAUUGAAAUAUUUCAAUGAUAUCUGACGGUCAUUAAAACAACUUAUAAUUUAUUUGUCAUAUUUCAUUAUGGCAUAAAUAAUAAUGUAACACGUGUUAUAGUUUUACCAAUGCUGCAAUGCAUGGUUGUUUUCCUAGUAACUGUUAUGUUGUACAUUCGUUUUUGAUGUUGUUUAUGACCAUGUCCUACUUGCAAUGCAUUCUUUGAUAAUAAACCUUGAAAAUUCA